AUGAGUGGUGUGAAGCCGGGCCCCAGCUCUCAUGAAACCCAUGGCCCUAUACCUGCGUUCGAUCAUCAACUGAAGACGUUGGGUGAUUCCUACCUCUCGUUUAUGACGGAGCGGGUUAGGAUUGAGGAUCAAUACGUUGCGGCUCUCUCGCGACUUCAUCGGAACAUCCGAGCGGUAGACAACCUGCUCGACGACAGGGAUCCUUCCUCCGUUCGCGUCACCUGGCGCGAACUUCGAGAUAACGUCGAAAGGGAAGCAGAAGCGCGCACGGCUUUUGCGAAUACGAUUCGAACGGACGUUUUACCACCUCUCAAAGCUAUGCGAGAGGAACAAGAACGGACGAGGAAGAGGAUUUAUGAAGAUUUGAGAGUUGGCACGGCGGCGCAUAUUGAUUAUUUGGAGAACGGUCUUCCGAGGUUGAAGAGGCAUUAUUUGAAGAAGUGUCAAGAAGUUGAGGAUUAUCGAGCUGCGGAACGACCAACUGCUUCGACAACUAGCAACAACGCAAGUGGCGUUAACCCAUCUUCCCAGCCCUCUCUACCCCCGGGGGCGAUCCCAAUACAACGAAGAGCAUCAUUCGGAGACCGGGAAAAACCUUACAUCCAAUCACCCACUCCUACAUCAACACCCACACCCACACCCACACCCUCCGCUACAGCACUCAUCCAAUCCGUCUCUACCAUCACUUUACCCCCAUCGACUCAUCAACCUGCGCCCAGAAACCGAUCCCCUAGUUCUGCCAACAUGAAUCCUUUGUUCUCGGAUUUGGCUCAUCAUGGGAAGAAAGGGUUGGGUCAAUUGAUCGGGUUUUUGGAGCCUGGGAGGGAUAGGGAGAAAGAUAGGGAGAGAGGGUUAUCGACGUCGUUAAAGGAGAAUGGUGAAAAACCUAAUGGGUUGAAGGGCGUUAGGGCCAAGAGGGAGGCUGAUGAAGCCGAUAAAGAAUAUCGGAAGGGCGUUCAUUGGCUCGAAACCUUAAGAUUACGGCGUGUGAAAAGAUUGCAGGCUGGUGCGAACAGCCUUGAGACGUUUGUCAGUGAGUUUGGCGAGCUCAUGAAGAAAGCGCUCACCAUUUAUGCCGAUUGCGUAUCUUCAACCGCCUCCAUAUGUUCAUCCCUUGCCAACCAUGGUCAAACCGCCCUCACCGGGAUUUCCAUCAAGACCGAUUCGGAACGAGUCCACAACUUCGUCGAAUAUGCCUUCCUUCGAUCGAUCCCACCACAAGUUUAUUAUUGGAACUAUCAAGUUGGGGAAUGCAAAGAUUUGAUAUUUGGAUUUAGUUUGGUGGAUUACGCUACGGAUAGAGGGAUCGUCAAUUCGAACGAGGUCCCUUCGUUGAUUUCCAAGUGUAUUACGGAGAUUGAGAUGAGAGGAAUGGACGUUGGGGGUAUUUAUAGGGUUUCGGGGAGACAUGCUCUUCUUCAGGAGUUCCUGCAUAAGAUUGAACGGGAUGAACGGUCGUUUGAGUUUAAACCUACGGAUGAUAUAUUUGCGGUUUCUGGGUUAUUAAAGAUGUAUCUUCGUGAACUUCCCGAGCCUGUGUUUCGGUUCCCACUUUUGGAGCGAGUGCAACAUACGAAAGACCGAGAGGAACACAUCGCAAGUGGUUUCCGAACGUUGAGGUCCAAGAUUAGGCGGUUACCUUUUGUGCAUCAAGUGACGUUAAGAGCGUUGCUUGAGCAUCUCGCUCGUGUCGCGGCGAAUUCGAACGUCAAUAAGAUGGACAGUAAGAAUCUAGCGAUCGUAUUUGGUGCGGUGAUCUUUGGUGAAGAUGAGAUGCCCAAAGGGGAGGAUGUUCUUUCGGUCGUUGCUCUAAAGGACACCGUUAUGGAGGAUUUGAUCACGUAUGUUGGGUUGCUCUUCGAAGAUCCAGUGAAGAGAUCGCCGUCUGCCAAUACCUCAUCAAUCACGCAAUCGGAGCCACCAUUGCCGAAUCCACCUCCAGAGGAACCGUUAGCUGUUGAACCUGGCUCAGCUUACACAAAAGUGACUACGUUACCACCUCGAAAAGACCGGGAACGAGACACGCCGAGAAACAGUAGGGAUGGAGAGGACUUUACACCUCGUCUACCUGCACAACCACAGCACUCCAUUCAUCCGUCUAGGGCUCGCUUGAACCUGAGCAACCCCCCAGUCACUACUACAACUACUCCUACUACUCAACAAAUGCCACUGACAUCAUCUUCUGUUGAGAAUGUGGACAGUGGGACUGGCAGUACUGAAGAUGUUCACAGUCCACAGCAGCCCAAGCCACCAUCGACCUCGUCGUUGUUGGAGGGUCCUGUUAAUCAACCUGAAGAAGAUGAAGAUGAAGACGAAGACGAAGAAGAAGAUGAUGAUGAUGACUCCAUUUUCGAACCCUACGACCCUCCUCCAUCUGAUGAUAAGCUGUCACCGGGGGAUACGAGCGACGGGAGGAAGGAGUUCAUCAGUGCACCUUCGUCCCCGCCGUGAACUUUUUUUUUAACUUUCCUCUUCUCCGGGUUGGGAUGUCUAGUUUUAGUGCAUAGGCCCAAGAAUCGUUAUGAUAAUGGAAUCACUUUGCUUUUUUUUCUUUUUUCCUUUUUCUCAGUUUUCCCUCAAAAACAUUCGAACUGUAUGAUUAGGAUAUUUUUUUCUCGUUUCUCGUUCACCGUGAAAUAAUAAAUACCCCCAGCUGCUCACUUUUCAUUUCAUUUCAUUUUUCUUUCCGUCUCUUUUCGAUUUCGUCUUCCUCUAUCGCGCCAUGGGGUGCACGGUAAUCGACUGUAAAGUAACAUCAUGUCCCUGGUUCACUAUAAGUAUAAUGUGCGAGAUUUCGGAGUACGGGACUAUUAUUGAAGC